AUGUUUGGCUGGAUCAGCUAUAAAAUUUGCUUUCCACUCCGCCAGCUUCACUUUUCUGUGCAGGAAUGGAAAGACGAAUUACUGGUAUGGGAUCCGAAAGAGUUUGGUGGAAUUGAAUCAAUGCGAGUACCAUGCGAUCUGAUAUGGCUGCCGGAUAUUGUUCUUUACAAUAAUGCAGACGAUUAUACGGUUGGUUACAUGCGUAGUCGAGCGAUGCUCUUUUACGAUGGUACUGUAUUCUGGCCACCACCAACCCAGUUACGCAAGCAAUUUUUUAAAGGGUUUCAAGUUGAUAUCACAAAUCGAAGUCUAAAUGUUGACUUGAGUAAUUAUGUGGAAUCUGGAGAAUUCGACUUGGUUCGUGUGUUCCAGAAACGACGAGUAGUAAAAUAC